CCUCUACUUUUGUGCUUUCGUCCUGCAAAACCCAAAACCCUAGGGUAGCGAGAGAUUGAGAGAGACGAGCGUCGACCAGCGAAAAUGUCGAUGUCGAAGGGGUCGAAGAUGCUGCAAUACGUCAACUACCGGAUGCGGGUUACGAUCCAGGACGGGCGGCAGCUGGUGGGGAAGUUCAUGGCCUUCGACCGGCACAUGAACCUCGUCCUCGGCGACUGCGAGGAGUUCCGCAAACUUCCCCCAGCCAAGAAAGGUGGCGAAGAGCGUGAGGAUCGCCGCACCCUCGGCCUCGUCCUCCUCCGUGGCGAGGAGGUCGUCUCCAUGACCGUCGAGGGCCCCCCUCCCCCCGACGAGUCUCGCGCCAAGGCCCAGGCUGCCGCCGCCGCCCUCGCCGGCCCCGGCCUCGGCCGCGCGGCCGGCCGCGGCGUCCCCACUGCUCCCCUCAUCCAGGCCCAGCCUGGCCUUGCUGGCCCCGUCCGCGGCGUCGGAGGCCCCGCCCCUGGCAUGAUGCAGCCCCAGCUCUCCCGACCCCCGGUGCCCCCAGCUCUCCGCCCCGCCCGUCUCCUACCCGCAGGUCGUCCGCCCCCCGCAGAUGCCCGGCUUCCCCCCAGCCCCCGUGGGCGCCCGCCCUCCCGGGCGCCGCCCGCGCCUUUCCCUGUGCCGCCGCCCCAGUUCGGGCAGCGCCCAAUGGGCCCGCCACCUCAGAUCAUGCGCGGCCCGCCGCCACCGCCGCCGCCGAGGCCCAUCAUGCCGGCUCCUCCGCCCCCCAGGCCUGGGAUGCCGGCAGGUGGGGUGUUUGCCCCGCCGAGACCUGGGAUGCCGCCCCCACCACCGCCCAACCCGCAGCAGCCUCCUCAGAACCCACAGCAGUAGUGAUUAUGUGAGGUAUCGGCCUGUUUGCAGAAGCAUGCACAAAUCUUGCUGCUGAGCUAGUUCUGCGCUUCACCUUCCUCGGGUUCUUAUCUGGGUCGGUUAUCUUCAUAAUCUGGCGUUUGGCAUGCAAGAUUUUAAGGCUUUUUAAUGUUUGGUUUUUAAUUUCUAAAGUGUUAAUCUGAUCUGCUGAAACUAGUCCAAUUGGGAUCUAGUGACUGUUACCUUUCUGUGUUUUGUUUUUAAAAUUGUUUGUGGGGAUUCAUUAUUUGUGUUUAUCGACAUUGUUAUCAUUGAAUCUACAGGUUUUCUGA